GUGAAACUCACGGAGGAUCGAUCCCCGGCUACUUGUACCCUCCUCAUCCGCAACGCGUGCACCAUGAGGAUUAUAACUUUGGUAAUCCCAGCAUGCUUCCUGCUGUUAACGGAAGGAAAGCGAGCGGAUCUCCGGCCACGCAUAACCGAGCCGCAGGUGUACUACGAAGAAGACGACAGCCAGGCUGCCGAAGACGACUACAACCCAGCGCUCUACCAACCGCGAACCCGUGCCCUUCCUUCGCCCCGUUCGAAGGACGCUCUGCACCCAUCCAAGCCGCCCCCAGUCCAAACCAUUCGCAAUUACAACAAGGUCAACGACGACGGAUCGUUCACUUUCGGCUACGAGGCAGCAGACGGUUCGUUCAAAGAGGAAACUCGUGGAACCGACUGCGUGGUCCGCGGUAAAUACGGAUACGUCGAUCCCGACGGCAACAAAAGGGAAUUCACCUACGUCUCCGGCAAUCCUUGCGAUCCAAACGCGCCCAAAGACGACGAAGACGAUCUAUCCGAUAAACAGGAAGAGGACGACCUGAACGCACCAGCCAACUAUCCUUCCGUUAGACCGAUACCACGACCUCUGCCAGUUCGACCGAGUUACCAACAAUCCACAACCCGAGCCCCAACGACGAUCUUUCAAACGCAGUAUCAACUGGACGACGACGCCAGUCAGGAGUUAGGGGAAGAGGACGUCGUGAAACCAUCACAACUGAGGCAAGGCGGUUACAGAACUGCCCAACAGCCAUCCUACGUUCAAGCGACACCGUCUUCGGCUCUCUACGAACCGUCGCCCACCGCUAGCCCUGGUUUCUACAGACUAGCCUCGUCCACCACUCAAUACCAGAGCACAGCGUCGCCGCUUCUUCGGUCCCAACCGACACCAACAUAUCAGGCCCUCGAAUCGACGACCCGUCGUCCAGUCACGCGUCACCCGAAGCCGCAAUCAGUCGCAAUCACUCCCCGGCCCCACGUUGCCCAAGUAGCCGCCCAGUACGUCUCCCCGAGUAGCACAGAGCGUCCAGCGUUAGCGUACGCCCGUCCCUCGGCGGUCACCGCCUCGCCUAAUCUUCGCACGACCACCUUAGCUAGCGCAGCUCACCUAGACUUCGCCGCCGAGCUCGAGCGUUACGUGAACACCGUAGGUCACAGGCCCGUCCAACCAACGUCCCAACCAUCCAAAGCUAAAUUAGCCAGUCAAGCGUCGAUAGCCGGCAGCGACCCCAUCUACCAGUCGGAGCUGGUGUACGAUCCCGCCACCGGUCAGUACAAUACCCAACUAUAUCAGACACUACCCCAAACCGUGGGUGACUUCACCCUAAGUCACAAACUCCAACCGUUCGUAGCCCAGCCCCAGUCCUACCUUGGACUGCAGCAGCUCCAGCAGCUCCAGCCCCAGCAGCCCCAACGUCAGUCGCCGCUUUAUAAGCAAUCGGUAGCACAGUCGGCCCAAACCGCCCCCGCUGGCGCUGUCAGCCAGCCCCAGGAAGUGUUGUACAGGAAGCAGCAGGCUCAACUGCUCCAACAGUCGCAGCAGCUCUAUGCCCAGCAGCAAAGACGCCAGCAGCAGCAACAACAGCAACAACAGCAACAGCAACAGCAGCAAGCUCAGUCCCACAGGCUUCAGCUGUUGGAGUCCCAGACGCAACCGCAGUCCUUCUACUACGUCGCGCCGGCAAGGUCCGCCAACGCAGCCAGCGCGCCACUUUCCGCUGGACAGAUCGAUCACUAUCUCCGCGCCGCUGGCUACUGAUCCCAAUCGAAGCGUGAGUCUUUGAUCGACGUACGACAUUUUUAGGGAUACCCUGCCGCGACGUUCUUAUGUUAUUCGAGGGCCCAGGACUGCCGAGGCACCCCUACGGCAAGGAUUCAGUAUUUGAGCAUGCACCGUUGCUUAACCGUUUCAGUCCGUUGCUUAACUGUUGAGAUUUUACGUUGAGAAAACCCAGUACUCAUUCAGAAAAAACGCGGUCGCGCUGUUUGAGAUUCUUCGACAGUGUUUUUUCAAUAAAUUCCUCCGCGACUUAAACGGUUAAAUAUGUCGAGCAUUUCGUUGAAUGUCGAGGAAACAUUCUGUGAGGUUUUGUACUUGUUUAUUUACCCUUUGAGUGCCAAGGAGCGAUAUAUCGGUUCCUUAUGCGCUUCCAAAAACGGCCAAGAGCAAUGUACCUGCUGCUCAUUUGUUUGUUUAUAAUCGUGCAGUUUUGUUUAAAAUUGUCUGACAUUUCUCGGAUUUCUAUGAAAAUUUCCUCUGGUACUCGAAGGGUUAAUAUUACUAAUUGGUCGAGUCGAUAAGGUGACUUAAUGGUUCAACGAAAUGAUUUUUGGUAUUCUUGCAGGGUGUUUAGUGCAUAUGAGAUGUAAUUAUAGGUUACUCGGGGUAUCUAGGAGGUAUUGAGUAAGGUGUUCCAGGUAUUCGAACGGAAUAUACUUUGAUGAAAUUAACGUGUUUCUCCGGACAGGUGUCAUUAUUGCAAUGCAUUUAUUUUUAACCGAUUCGUGGACUAUAUAAUUACAUGGCAUAUGCAUGAUAGAUUUCGUAUGCAUUAUACACGGACCAGUUUGCUAAACAGAGCUCCUGGGACGGAUGAAAUAAAAUGUCCAGGAACGAGCGCGAUACAUCUGCGUUUAAAUAAUUCUCGUGGUACGAAUAUCAACGGGGAAAUUGCAUAAAUAUGACAACCUUGACGAUAUCGACCUGAGCACGUAAUACUGUCGAUCUGAAAUUGUCGAAUACCUUCGAAACAUACCACUCAGGCUUACUACUGUGAUAACACCGAAGUCUUGAAUAAAUCUAUGGACAGAGUAAAUUGAGAAUCCUAUUUAGAAAUUUGCAGGUGUGUUUCGGCAUUAGGAAUGGCAUUAUGGGAACCUGUACCUUUUAUACCAUUUUAAAUAUUUCUCUCAUCGUAUUUAAAAAUGUACCAAUUUUUAAAUAUGUCACAACAAGUGAUACAUCAGGGUUUCGCAAGCAUUUGAAUGGACCAAAAGCUUUCUUCAAUUUUUAUUGCAAAUUAAUUAAAGUAAACGUACCAAAAACUCCCGUUUUUAGAGUGAAUUUCUCAAAAUGUUUGAAAAUCACUGUCCUAGAGUUUACACAAUUAACUGUUACUGAUUUCGUAAUUAAUAAUGCCCGCAUCACGUUACAUAAAAAAAUUUUACACACACACACACACACACACACUGUGUUGCGUAUGCCACGCUCAACUUCACCGCCAUUACACUUAACCUAUAAGAGUUCUUUCACAAUUACUCCACUUUCAAUUUCGAGGCCUCGCGUACAACUCGCGCUGUAAUUUAAAAUGGCGUUGGCUUCGCAAAAAAAAAAUAGUACCAGGACCCAUGAUUAUUGAACGUCUUUCCUUGCGAUCUAGCUGCACAAUACACCUGCAACUUUUGCAACAGGACUUUCGACUCGUUCUCUGUAAUUAUGAUCGUCUCCAAACUUCCUGAAGAUCUUAACCGGUUGUACCUGUCCAAAUUCACCUCGAAUAAUGUCACCGACGAGAGUACCACUUUCUAAUUCCGAAUAUCGCGGAACUUCUCGUCCGUUCCGUGACGAUAUCGAUUCGAAAACCGUAUCAGUUCCACCAGCAACCUGUCAUUACAGUCACGAAGCCCGAAACGGCAUUAGUAGCGCCGAUCUCGAGACCAAUUUUGAGAGCGUUUUUCCAUUGUUUACGUCGGGGGUGAUUAGCGUCGGCGAGUGAAAGUCAAUGACCUGACGCAAUAACCGCGUACACGAGAUAUAUUACCAUGGGCAAUUUCUCAUCGCAUCGGUAACGUGCUACACAGCACAGAUUCCGCACCGCGAGUGGAAUAUACACCGUGUGCACGCGAACUUUGCAAACACGCUCCCGGCCCACGUACCCUGACUGAUUUGAUUACAAAACACCGUAGGAUUGAACCGUAUAAACAUUCGCUGUCGUAACGAUGACGCGACGAUUAAUCACGGGGAACAGAAUUAAUCACAUGUUUCCCAGAAGCUCCCCGUGAAAGAGCCCAACUGUUUGUCGAGUAAUUGAUCGAAUAAUUAAAUUAAGACGCAACUGAAGUUGAUGUACGCACGAGAGUCGAUCGGAAUUUUUCUUUGGUCUUUGGUGCACGAUGGACGGAAUUGUCGAGACAGAUUAUGUACUUCUUUAUUUAUUUUUUCGAUGUAAAAUUUAUUUUGAGUCUUUAGGAGCCAUGUGUUAUUUAGGAAUACGUUACAUUUAUUAUUUUCAAUGCUGUUGAGUAUUAGUUUAUGUGAUAUGGUGUCCUGAACAAUAGUAAAACUUGACAGUAAAACAAAGAGAGUAAAACAAAUGAAUGUACUCAGCAACAACUUCGAAAAAAAUUUGAAAACUUGUUCGAUUCAGCACGAAUCGAUGCCCUGGCGAGUCACCUAAUCGGGAACGAGAUCGCCUAUCGCAACGAACCUUGCAAGCUCGCUUAAAGUGAGAUUGGUCUGGAAAUGUCUAAAGGGAAGUGGCUGUACUUUCAUUGGCGUGGUCUGGCGCAUAGAGACAUUCUAUUCAGCUCGCGGAACUUUCUAUUUGCAUUCCCUGUCGCAAGUGUGAGAAUCGAUUCGAACCUAAUGCGUCCUACGACUCGGAUUCUGUGGAAAGCUACGUGCUCCGGUACACGUGCCCGUGGAAAUCCGCGCUCCUGAUCGCGAAUCGAAAGGCGCGGAUCCAGGGAUCACGCCAAGUGAUUUCACAAGCAAUCAAAGGUCCUUUGCGAGCAGUCGUGGGCAAAAUUUGUGCCUGGAUAACAGUUCCAAUUAACGAAUAAAAGGUAAUCAGUUGUUUAUCCGUUACUCGUGGAGAUUAGAGUUUAAAAUGUGGUACUGAAUAUAUUCAAGUGUUCCUUUUAAUUUAAAGUUUUGCACCUUGAAAAAGAGGAAAAUUGUCUUAUAUCAACGAAUGGUAAACAUAUUCGAUAGAAUUUAAUAAAAGUAAACGGUACGAAUAAAUCGCUUCACAAUCAAAAUUUCGAUCAAAUCAAAAUUUAUAUUACGUAUAUAUAAAUAGAUGGAGUCGAACCAAGCAUACACGUAUAAUAACUUAAAGUUUCCAGUCUCGUCGAGGGUCCUUUGACAAUGAAAAACAUCUUCAUAGAUGAAAUACAUUCCUCGGGCUACAAUAUAAAUUUCAGUCACGAAUGAAUUGGUACAUAUUGAUUUUAUUCGUUGCCCAUAACCCAAAUAAAUUUUCUCCAUGUGUUAAUCACGCUUUUACGAAUGCUUUCUUUAAUGCACCAAGUCGAUAAUUGUCAAGUUCGUCGUAUUUAUAGUCUAUUUAUUAAAAGUGAGCUUGAACCCCCGGGCGAAUAAAUCUCUCGUCCAACAGACGUAGACGGGGAAAGAGAGGCGUUCAGGGGAAGGGGUGCGUGUAAUUGCGAAUCCAGUGAAUUGCGAUUAUUGUAACGGUGUACUUAUCUCGUCGAUGGUACCAUAAGGAAGCGUCGAUAUGCGCUUCUCUACUCACAUUGUACAUACUAUUUCGUUAGAAUUAAUAUUUUAGCGACUACCUAGCGAUUUAUACGUUCAGUACUAUGUCGGUAAGGAGAACGUUUCUUACGUUUAUAGUUGUUUUUUUUUUUGUAUUAUUUGUAACCGUGAUCGAAGAAAGAUAUACUGUAAUGAAUAUGUUCGGCGUUGUUUAUUUCUUACUUCAAAACCCCUCGACAACUCUCGUUAGACGAUCGCUCGGCGUACAGGAGGGAAAGUAAAAGCGCCCGGGAGGGAAUCGUAAGUAUAACAAAAAUGUUUACAACUUCCGCGAUUUUUUGCGAGCACGAGCGCAAUUGCGUGACCAUCGUAGCGUUUUACAAUUCAAUUGUGCGUUUAUUAACUGACAAUGGAGAUUUUAAAUGAGUUUAAUGAAUUCUGGGCUUCCUCUUCCUGAAAGAAUUAACAAAACGUUACAAGAUGAUCGAUACGAUUGCUUUUAGUAAACGUGAAAAUUAUUUGUAAUUUUUAAUGGAACCUGACUUUUUUGUAUCAUGAGAAAAAUAGAUUUUUCUACUUAUAUUUUUCAACUAGUAGUAUGUAAAACCUGCAAUUAUUUCGAUCACUCGCUAGAUCUACAUAGAUGCUAGACUAGAAGGACCCUUAGUGGAGAAAAGGAAUGACGUUC